AUGGACGGACACGCAGCGGCUGCCCCACCCGCCGAAGCUCACGCUGCAAGCACAUCGACCGAGCCUACUCUCCCUGUGCAGGCAAACGUUCACUCGCAAGCUGCCCAUCAUCCACAAGUGGCCCACCAUGAAGAAGAAAAGGAGCCGGAACGGGUCACUCCCCGUCCGACCUUUCUCGAAAACUUGGCCGAUUCGCGUGAAAGCCAGUUCAUGUUCCACCGACGCCGCUCCGAUGAUUUCGAUAGCUACUUUCACGGACCCCGAGACCUCGACAAGCAUUCGAAAUGGCCGGCCUUUCUUCGGAUGCAUGGCAGUGUCUUGCCCAAGUUGAUUCUUCCGUUGCUUAUCGUCGCCGCCUGGUCCACUCUGAUCACAUGUAUCUCAAGGUUCAAACAUAAUCUCGGCAUCAACAAUAUUCUACUUACUGUCCUGGGUUUCGUUGUCGGUCUAGCGCUCUCCUUCCGAAGCUCCACGGCCUACGAGAGAUGGGCAGACGGACGCAAGUACUGGGCUCUCCUCAUCCAAACUUCUCGCAACCUCGCUCGUACUAUCUGGGUCAAUACUGCGGAGAGAGAAGGAGAGCUGGGAAAGGAGGAUCUUCUGGGGAAACUCACCGCCAUGAACCUCAUUCUCGCGUUUGCCGUGGCCCUGAAGCAUAAGCUGCGAUUCGAACCGGACGUGGCCUACGAAGACUUGGCUGGCCUGGUUGGACAUCUCGACACCUUUGCCAAAGAAGCCCACGACCGUGAAGUUCUUAUGCCCCGCAAGAAGACCCCCUGGAAGUCGGCCGGUGAAUAUCUGGGUGUCUCCUUUGCCGAGUCGAAUCCCCGGAAGCUCAUCAAGCGUUCCAAGAAGCCACUGGGCCACCUGCCACUGGAGAUUCUCAAUCAUCUCUCUGCCUACAUUGACAGUUGCAUUGCGAACGGUACUCUUUCCGUCAGUCUCCACCAGAGUCAAGCGAUUGCUGCUCUGUGUAGCUUGAACGAGGUCGCCACCGGUACCGAGCGUGUUCUCGACACACCCCUCCCUGUUGCAUACAGCAUCGCGAUUGCGCAGAUUUCCUGGAUCUAUGUCCUGGUGCUCCCGUUCCAACUCUACAACGCCCUGGAAUGGGUCACCAUCCCGGGCUCGAUCGUCGCUGCUUAUAUCAUCCUCGGUCUCGCCACCAUCGGCAGCGAAAUCGAAAACCCCUUCGGGCAGGACGUCAACGAUCUCCCCCUGGACACAUACUGCCGCCAGCUCGCCGUCGAACUCGAUUUUAUCUCCGCCACGCCCCCGCCCAAGGUCGGCGAGUUCACCGUCCGCGACGAGAAUCUCGUUCUCUUCCCGCUCAGCAAGAAGGGCUACGUUGACUGGAAAACCCGCAGCGUCGAGGACAUCCGGGCCGCGCUGCGCCAAAAGGUCAUCGCCAACUCCUCACCAAGGGGCACGGGACUGUCGAACUCCUCGACCCUCUUCGACGAUGGGAGCGUGCGGUCUCGGACGGAUACGAGCCUGAAGACAAAGCAGUCCGUUUGA